AUUAAACUAUAUAUUACUUAUCUAAGAAGCUCCACUCAUACCAAAACCUAACAUAUACAAAUCUAAAGGCAUACCUCUCUAUCUCUUAAUUAUAUUUCAAACUAACUUACAUUAUUUUAAUUAAGGUCAAAAACAUUUUUAAGUGGUCUAUGAGAUAUUUUCUAGAUUCACAAAAAUUUAAUAAGUUAAGUAUUAAUAAAUAAAUUUUUUUAAAAAAAUAAAAACCUAAAAAACAGAAUCUAGUAUCACCAUUCAAGUUAUUGUAUUAUAUAUAUUUAUUGGUUUAUAAUUGAAUUAAAUUUUUUAAAAUAUUUUAUUUUAUUUUUUAUUUUGAAAUGUUAUUUUUAUAUUUUUUGAAUUUUUUAAAAAUAAUUGAUUUUUUCGAAUUUUCUAUGUAUUUUAUUUUUAUUUUAUUUUUUAAGAAAGAAACCGACACGUGUCACCUCGUUGACUUGGUAAACAAGUAAACCUCUAUGAUAAAAAUGUCACUUUCAAGGUUUAAAAUGCUAGUUAAUAACGUUCAAUGUUUAAAGUGCGAGAAUGUGACACUCUUAGGGUUUAAAAUGCGAUUUUCCCCGAUAUAAAGUCUUUGUUAAUGAAUUGUUUGAAUUGAACGUUACAGGGGAUGAUGGUUCUAUGGCUAACGGCGAUGUUACCACAAGUGAAGCCAUCACCGUGUGUAGUAUCUACCGUAACCAAGUGCAGUUCUACGGCAGCGACAUCUUCUCAGUUGGCUCUUUUGUAUUUCGCGUUUGCACUUAGAUCGAUUGGAUCUCGUGGAAUCAGGCCGUGUUCUCUAGCCUUUGGUGCUGAUCAAUUAGACAACAAAGAGAAUCCCAAGUACGAGAGUGUUCUUGAGAGUUUCUUUGGUUGGUACUACGCUUCUUCAUCGGUUGCUGUCUUGAUCGCUUUCACUGUCAUUGUUUACAUUCAAGAUCAUUUGAGAUGGCGAAUAGGGUUUGGAGUCCCAGCGAUUCUCAUGCUACCCGCGGGUAUCUUGUUUGUUUUGGCGUCUCCUCUCUAUGUUAAACGCAAUGCGACCGAGAGUUUGUUCACUGGUUUGGCUCAAGUAGCUGUUUCAGCUUACGUGAACAGGAAGUUAAUGUUACCGGGUCAGAAUGACUCAUAUGGCUGUUAUUACCACCUGAACGAUUCUGAACUUAAAGCUCCAAGUGACAAAUUGAGGUUUUUGAAUAAAGCUUGUGUAUCAAGCAACCAAGAGGAAGACAUUGGUGCUGAUGGUUUGGCCUUAAACCCAUGGAGGCUCUGUACAAAGGACCAAGUUGAGGAACUCAAGGCUUUGGUCAAGGUGAUACCUGUAUGGUCCACGGGGAUAAUGAUGUCUAUAAACGUGAGCCAGAACUCGUUUCAGUUGCUUCAAGCUAACUCAAUGGAUAGACGUUUGAGCGACCAUUCAACCUUCAAAAUCCCACCUGGAUCUUUUGGCAUGUUCACAAUCAUAGCCCUAAUAGCAUGGGUGGUUCUCUACGACCGUGCAAUCCUCCCAUUAGCUUCCAAGAUCCGAGGCAAACCGGUUAGAAUCAAUGUCAAGAUCAGAAUGGGGUUAGGUCUAUUCAUAUCCUUCCUAGCAAUGGCGGUUUCCGCAACUGUCGAGCAUUACAGAAGGAGAACCGCAAUAAGCCAAGGACUUGCAAACAACGCCAACGGGAUAGUGAACAUCUCAGCGAUGUGGCUCGUACCGCAGUAUGUGCUUCACGGUUUGGCAGAGGCCUUAACCGGGAUAGGACAGACGGAGUUUUUCUAUACCGAGUUUCCUAAAAGCAUGUCUAGCAUUGUGGCUGCCUUGUUUGGUCUAGGAAUGGCAGUGGCUAAUAUAUUGGCUAGUGUGAUCCUCAAUGUGGUCAAGAAUAGCUCAAAGAAGGGUGGAGAGAGCUGGAUUGAAGAUAAUAUCAACAAGGGUCAUUAUGAUUAUUACUAUUGGGUUUUAGCCAUCUUGAGCUUCGUUAAUGUCAUUUAUUACAUAGUGUGUAGCUGGUCGUAUGGUCCCGCGAUGGACCAGUUGAGGAAUGAUAAGGUUAAUGGUGUGAGAGGAGAAGAACAAGAAGAAGCUGUUAAAUUAAACUAAAGAUGCAUGGUGUGUGUUAUAUAAUCUAAUAUAUUUGUAUACAUGUAAUUAUAAUUAUAUAUAUUUGGAUUUGGAUU